AUGGUUUACUUAGGGCCUAGUGAUCAAGGAUGUGAUUCCUUUGAUGUGUUUGUGGUGGCACGUGCAAAUACACCGAGUGCGGUCGGCCGUGAUAGCACCGCACUUAAUGUCGGUAAUGAAAUUGUUGGCGACACGCCAUUUAGUGUGGGCGGCCGUGCAGGCACCACGCUUAACGUCGGUAAUGACGAUGUUGGCGAUACGCCGUAUAGUAUGGGCGGCCGUGAGGGCACCACACCUAAUGUCAGUAAUAUUAUUGUUGGCGAUACGCCAUUUAGUGUGGGAGGCCGUGAAAGCACCACGCUUAACGUCGGUAAUGGCGUUGUGGGCAAUUCGCCAUACAGUGUGGGCGGCCGUGAGGGCACCACAACCUAUGUCAGUAAAAAUAUAGUUGGCGAUACGCCAUCUGGUGUGGGAGGCUGUGAGGGCACCACACCUAAUGUCGGUAAAUUUAACGGCGUCUCGCCAACAACGUUGGCGAGACGCCGUUAA